CUCCCAUUCCAUACUAUGACUAUACUAAUUGAUUGGAGGAGAGAGAGAGAGCCACCAUGGCCAUGGAGUCGAGCCAGGAAGCGAAGUUGUUCGAGAAAGAAGCUGAGGAAGAAGAGAAGCAUGAAGAGGAAAUAGAGAGGACGGAAGUGAAGGUUUUGAUCGCUCUUGAUGAGAGCGAGGGCAGCUUGCAUGCACUGAAUUGGGCUCUAGACCACCUAUUUGGGAACGCAGGCAGCCGAGACCUGCGGAGCCUGACCAUUCUUCAUGUCAUUCAACCCUUCCCUCAGUAUUUCUGCCCUGGAGGACCAGGUGUUUACGUGACGCCUAUGGUCGUUGACUCGGUGAUAAAGAGCCAGGAGCAGCACAGUGCAGCACUUUUGAGACGAACCUCGACGAUGUGCAGUGAGAAACAUGUGAGAGCAGAAACAUUGAAAAAGGAAGGAGAGCCAAAGGAAGCGAUAUGUCAAGUGGUAGAGCAGAUUCAUGCUGAUCUCGUCGUCAUAGGAAGCCGUGGCCUUGGCACCAUCAAGAGGGCUGUUCUUGGUAGUGUUAGUGACUACGUGGCGCAUCACGCGAAAUGCCCGGUUCUGAUUGUGAAGCCUCCUAAAUGAAAAGGAAUUUCUCUUGGCCGGGAAAAGCAUCCGUCUUCCAAAUAUGCGGAGAUCUAAUAAGCAUUUGCAUGUGUUGUAUGUCUCUGUGCGUGUGUGUGUGUAUGUGAUCUAGAGAGAGAGAGAGCACUGUUUCCUUUUCUUUGCUUUGCUUAUUGCAAGCAGCACAUUUGGAAAAGUUUCCUACAUAAUACAAUGAAAA